AUGGAUAAUCUAAAGAUGGAAAAUCACAAGCUUAUGAAUGAAAACAUUGACCUCAAAAGCAAGAACAACUUGAACGAGAGAGUGAAUAAUCUAAGCUAUAUCUUGGCAGAUUUGCAGGGUAAGGCCAAAAUCGCUGAGGAUGAAAAGGAUUCCCUAAUUGAUGCUAUGCGAUUACUCAUCGAAGACCUCAAUUACAAAGAUUUGAAUCACAAAGAAAGUGUGAUAAAUGCAAAUCGUAAUGAAGAAAUGGUACAAAGGUGCCCACAAAUGACAAAUUGUUUACAGCAGACAAACGAAGUGUCAAACGAAGCGAUUAAUCCGAGUAUUAAUUUAAGCAAUAGGUUUUCCGCCCUAAGUGUUGACAAAAACGACGUAAGCGAUCGCAAUGCCUGGGAUGCUGUAAGAAACGAAGUAGAACAUACAUAUGCAGACACCCAAUCGUAA